UCACUUUGAAAAUCCCUCAAGUUGCAGCUGUGUGCAGAUGUCGUGCUGGUGAACAUUCUGUUAAAAAUACUACCAUCUCGGUCGUAUUGAGAAGAAACUUUUAGAUUUUGUUGUAUCUAGUCCCUACGAAACGAUUACAAUGUCUCCAUGCACAUCAGGUGUCAGUUCUGAAUCAUCUGCAGCGACUGAGCGAGCACUUGUUCAGUGACGUUCCAUUGUAUCGCCGGUCAAAGGUCAAACUCGUGAAAAGGUGAAGGACGUCGUAGCAGACAGAAUGAGGGUUCCGAAAAUGGCGGAGCUACAAUUUGAAGCUCCCCUUGCGUCGAUUGAAACAGAGGAUUGGAACGAAUUCAACGAGUUUCAAACUGCUAAGACGACAGACGAUGAAAACUGUAACAAAGACACGUUAAGCAAGGACCUUCCGAAGGAAAAUAACGAUAACAGUGUGGCCGAGAAUUUCGGCGAAACAUUUUCUGGUUCUCUGGAGGAUUUAGUGAACUCAUUUGACGAAAAAAUAUCCAAGUGCUUUUGCAAUUUUGAAGAACAGGUGGACAAAUUUGCUCCUGUGCAGAUCAGGACGCAAGAGGAAAUUGUGAAUGACUGCCAAAUGUGGUGGACUAUAACAGGGAAUUUUGGCAACAUCCUUCCUAUUGACUGGUCGAAGACAUACACAAGGCAGCUGCACACCAAAGUUCUCAACCUGGGGGAGAAAAGGGAACCAGAGGUCCUAGACCUGGACCUCUCGGAUGACGAGGAGCUGGCCCAGGCCUUCGACAUGCACUCUCUCAUCAUCUCCAGCCUCCAGCCCGAGGAGUCUGACCAUGUGGCUUCCGCAGAGGAGGUCAUCAGCGAGAUCGACAACAUGAUGCAGGAGCCUGACCUGGAUGAUGUGCCAAUGGGCCUGGAGGGAGAGAUCCCUGAGGAUCUGAGCUACACCAAGCUGAAGGAGACACUUGCCAAUCUUCCAGCAUACCCUGAAGCAGAGCUGAAGGGAAUGAGCAACACUGAGCUGCACGAAGUCCUGGCUGAGUAUGAGCUGACUAUCAAGGAGCUGAACGAGACAUUGGUGCAUGAGCUGGCCCUGCGCGAUGAGCUGGAAUACGACAAGGAGCUGAAGAACCAGUUCAUCUCUCUCCUACUCACUAUCCAGAAGAAGCGGCGCGAAGGCAAUGUGGAGAAGAAGAAAAAGAAGAAGUGCAGCGCAAACAACAAUGACAAUACUACCAGUCCAGGAUCGUACCUGACUACAGUGAUCCCAUACCACCUACACCAGGGGCCGCCAACCUCAGAACAGCUCCAGAUCUAUAUCAAAAUUUUACAGGCCAUCAAUGAAGACAGCCAGACAGUUCCAACCCUGCUGACUGACUACAUCCUCAAAGUCCUUUGCCCGACAUAAUAAGAUAUAGCCUGCCACUGGAGGGCGUUGGUCAUAAUAUUCCGCCACGAUCCCGCUGAAUUAUCGACAAGAUGCUGCCAUCAUUGCAACAUCAAGCUAUCACUGCAGACGUUAAAUACAGCUUGUAGUAUUAUCAGAGUUAACACCCACUUCACCCAGCGCUUGUCUCUACCAUGUUUACAAAAACAUUAUGGAGAAUAUCUGCCGACUGUGAAAUAACUGGUAUGGUUAAAGGGAGAUAAAUACUGACAGACUUAGUUUAAGGCCAGUUUUCAAGCUGUUUGACAGGGGGAAGUUUUUCUUAAUAUUGACAACUGUUUGCUAAAGCUUCUAAAAAACUUUCUCUCUGGCAAACAGUCAGUAUGAAGUGAAAAAACAACAACAUUUUAGCAGUGACUUAAAUCUUGGUUUCCAGAAUACGCAAAGCGGCUAUCAAAUUCAAAUGAAACAAGGUGUUCUUGAAGUGGGUGUUAUCUCUGCUAUGGCUAGUAUUGAUCAGUGUCAGAGCGGUGUCUCUGUCUUCAACUUCAUAUACAGCACUGUACAUUUCAGCAAAUCAUUUCCGUUGACUAUGUUAUAGCUAUGGUUACUGACAUUGGUGUUGUUAUAACACAUGAAAUGUACAUGGUACUUACAUGUCAGUAUCAAUUGAGUGAUUUUUUCCACAAAGCUUUAACAGCUUCUGAAAGUUGGCGCGUGUUGUGUGAAUCAGUAAUCGAGUUUCUGUGGUAUGCUUGAUGAUGUUUAUCAUUGAUACAGUAUGAAACUCUUCAUUGGAGUUCACAGCGUUUUCUCAUGAAGGGCAAUUAAGAUGAUAGAGGUUUAUAGAGGGACAUAUAGAGUAGAAGGUUUCAGGAGUAUUUUGCCUGAAUUUACAAUUCGCCCUUUGUGUGUCCAGUUUAAUAUAUAAGCGUUUUGCUGGCAUGUUAGUGUGUAUUUUCACUCUAUUCAUAGCUCACUAUGGGCACAUGUGCAAAUAAUAUAUACUGUAAAAUGUACAUUUCUGCUUUGUUUUAUAAAGCUUUUUGUGCCAGAUGUGAAUAUUUCUGCAAUAUUUCCCAUGUAGGCACAACAAUGACUGUGCACGAUUGUAUGCACAUAUCAGUGUGAAAUAGUGACAUAUUUAUAUCUUUUCAAUAUUGAUAUCACCAUGGAGAUUUUCUUGGUAGAUGCUUUCUAUACUACUCAAAACAAGUAAGCUUGUUCGAAGCUUGUGCGAUGCAAUGCCCACCAGCAAUGACUGAUAACCAUAGUCAUAUGAAACAAUCGGGUGUUCUUUAACUUUGUUCGAGUAGUAUAUUUAUGUUACACUGUAGUUUUCAUAUGCCAGUGACAUAGGAAUCUGGUUUUAGCAAUUUCCUAAGAAUUAAACCAUGUUUUAUGGGCAGUGUCUAUCUAUCAACAUAUAUGUUUAGAUUUCUUUUUGCAUUAAAUACUAAAGUAUAAGAGUUUAAUAUGAUUUGGUGCGAAAUCCUAGGUGUUUACGUAGAUAGUUACCCUAAUCUGUUCCCUAUAGCAGUGUUUUUAUUUGAUCUGAUAGUGUAGUCAUAGCAACUAACUCUAUCUGGCAGCAUCGUGUAAUAUCAAAAUGCUUUCUUCAAAAGCAACACUGAUUUGCAGUAAUGUAGAUAUAACACAUACUUGUUGUGAUUUUCAAUUCACAGUUGUUUCUCUGAUCUGUAAAUAUUGAAAGAUGGAGUAUAGCAUCAAAUUGCAUAUUAGUGACUUUAGUUCUUCUGUGAUGAAUCUUUGAAUUCUAAUGUUAGAGUAUAUUUUAUCUGAUCUAAGCAUUCCAUCUGUUUCUUUACGACUUGGCUGAUGGAGAAGGAGUCUAAAAAUCGGACAUGAAUCCUAGGAAAGAUGGUGUUACUGUUAGAUAUUGAUGUUACUUUCUCCUUGAAGAUUUGUCUGAGUAUGUAAAUCAAACAGGUAUGAAAUGAAAUUAUUAAUUAGAAAAUUAGUAAGUGAUCCAAUCAAAUCAGACAGUUGUCAAAAUACAACAUUGUGAUGGAACGGUGAUAUGUACAAUGUUAUUGUUGACUAUGUAUCAGAACACUAGGUUUGUGUAUAGUGUAAACUGUUGUAUAUGGGUUAAUAUGUUUAACACAAAAUAGAAAUGUUGCUGCAAAAUUCAACCCCAAAAGUAACAUCUAAAGCACCAAGGAGCUAGGACGAAGAAGGAACUGUUGAAAUCAAAUUCUUAUAUUGAUCAUUUGAUGAUAUUCAAACCAAAAUCACAUUUCGCCGCCGUGGGAACAUCUAAUAUCCAUGGCAAUGUACCAUCUGUCUCUGAAACCAGCUUGACUGGAUAUCAUUUCAUUGUAUAUAUCGUACAUAAUACCCACAUCAGGUACAUGUCUUGUGCUCUUUGCUGUACUAAGAGACUCCAUAUAUCUCCACUGUGUGCAUGCAUGUACGUCACGGAGUCAUGAUGUUUGGUGCUUCAUUUACCCUGUGUUUGUGUCGAUGUGUGAUCAUUCCUUAUGCAGCCAUUGCAGUUAGUGUUUGUGAUGGGGGAGUUUUUUGUGGGGAUGCAUCAUGGGAUGGCUGAGGUGACGAUAUUCAAAUAGGGUACGAGGAUGGAUGUACGGAUCAAGUUUAUGGAAGGUUGAGGGAACAGCAGUCAUGAUAACUUAGCUUUGGAAUUUUUCAGCUAUUGGCAAUAAAUUGAAUCACCAGGGCCUGUGUUCCACAUAGCGAUAGUAGCGCUAAGAUGAUCGUAACUCCCAUAAUUUAACAUAGACUUACGACAGUCGUAGCACUACAAUUGCUUUGUGGAACGGGGCCCAGAAAAUGAUUACUGUAUCUACUCACCCAUCUUAUUAGAGUGGGGAUGAUUUCUUAUUGAAAAUGGGGGGGGGGGGCUUUUCUUUUCAACAAAUAAUGGUAAUAGUUAUUGGGUAUGUUUGGGACAUCUGACAUUCUGAGUUCCGAACCAAGUGUCAGGACAAAUAUUGGUGAUAUGUGGGGUGGCUUCUGUUUGGUAAGAGCAGCAGGAAAAGUCCCACACCCUAAUACAAGGCCUCUUGUGCACAGUGUACCUAUUACAUAAAUGAGUCAUUGAACAGGUUGGUAGUAUAAAAAAAUGUAAAGUCAGAAUUUAAAAUGUUAAAGAAAAUUAGUAUUGGACACUGCUAAGAAAAUGAUUGCAUUAAAACAAAAAUAUUCCUCAUGUGUUAAUCUGUUGCCGGUAGCCAUUGUCGGCUGAUGGUUCGUCCCUGUAAUUGUGAUGCGUCCCUGAUUGGCUGUGCUGUAGUUUAUAAGUUGACCUUGAAUGUCGUCCCUGCAGCAUCUCCAUGAUGUUCUCAAUGUAGUGGUUCUGUUUUACUGACAGCUGCAGCCUCCUUGCUGAUGUUUGUCUUAUUGUUUAUGUGAUUAGUGCUCAGGGGAGAUCACUCCGUCAAGUGUUGUCCACUUGCUUUCACAAAGUGGACAAAUGUAUACAUGGCCACCAGUGAAUGUGCACCUAAAAAUCAUAUCCUUAAUUAAGUAAUUACUGAUUAACCUGGUGAAAAUGCUGUUUUGACUGCUACCAUUUGAUAACUUCAAAAAGUAACAUUGACAAACUUGCAAUUUUUUAUUGUUCUGUUUUGAAGGGACAUUAUUUGUAAUUUUAAAUAUCAUUGACAUUUGUAACAAUGUAUUGAUGUGGUAAAAUGUGUCAAAACUUUAAAUGAUCAAUAGUUUCUACAAAAAAGAACACAGUGUUAUAAUAUCAUAGCACUGUCUCAGAAUUUUGGAUGUUGAGAUUUUCUGGUGGAUAAUUCAUGGCUUUUUACAUAGCUGCCAAGUUAUAUCUGUUCGAUGAAGGAUUUUCCUUUGAAGGAUGUUGUGAUUGGAAAAGGUGUUAGUUAUGCUUGUUACUGUUACCACUGUACAGUACCCCAUUCGAGGCCAUUCACACGGUGCAAAUAGUGAAUACAUGUUGUUGCUUUCAACACACUUCCAUGUGUAAACAUCAAAACACACAAAACUGUUUGAUUAUGUUAAAGAAAUUGAAAGAUAAUUUUUUUAGUUUGAGCAGGUGUAUUGUAAGUCCAAUAAAAAAAUAUUUUAUCCAUCGAUUCAUGACACCCCAACAAUGACACGGUCUUACAUUCACACAUGACUACAGGUUAACACUGUUAGAAAUUGGCACUAGUCCUGUAGUCCUUGCGGGGCCGUCGGGUAGCCAAGUGGUUAAAGCGUUCGCUCGUCACGCCGAAGACCCGGGUUCGAUUCCCGACAUGGGUACAAUGUGUGAAGCCCAUUCCUGGUGUCCCCCGCCGUGAUAUUGCUGGAAUAUUGCUAAAAGCAGCGUAAAACCAAACUCACUCACUCACUCACACUCACUGUAGUCCUUGCCAAACUGCCCAAUAGUUAAGGUAUCAUAAGGACUAGUAGAAAUUUACCAUUUUUAAGGGUUUUGCUAUAUGUUAUCAUUAUAAGGACUAGUGGACAAAAAAUGUUAGUUUCUGCCACUGAGGUAUGCAUUAAUACUUUCAAGAAUCUCAGCAGAUUCAUCCGUUUCUGUGGUAGAUGCCAUGAGAAUGUAUCAGUAUGUUGCUUGGCAACAAUGCAGUAACUGAGAUGUAUGGGAACUUGCACCGUUAACACCAAAGCUCCUGUGAAUUGUGUUGGAAUGCUAGUCAUCUUGCAGUCCUAGUUGCCCUGUGUGAAUGAACCUGUAAACCGUUAGAUGUUGUACCUUGUGCUUUGUGUCUUUCAAAACUUGAUGAAGUACACCAGUAUAUUUUCCAACUUUCUGUCCACAUAUCGAUAUUAGUUUGUUGAAAACAUGAUGUCUGUGAUUCCAUGGAAAUUAAUCGUGACCUCGCAAGCAUAAUCAUGUGUAACAGAAUCAGAAGCUGUCGUUUGUCGCCAUGUUCAUCACAAUUUGAACAAACUAAGUUCACAGCUACACAAAAACUUGCCUUAUUACAACACUGUUUAUCCUGGCCUCAGCUACUCCACUAUAACAUACCAUGUUGUGUUGUCAGAAUUGUAUUAGGCUUCAACAGAUCAAUCAUGUUAUCUUUCAAAGGGGGGGUGGGCGGUCGGGUAGCCUAGUGGUUAAAGCGUUCGCUCGUCACGCCGAAGACCCGGGUUCGAAUCCCGACAUGGGUACAAUGUGUGAAGCCCAUUUCUGGUGUCCCCCGCCGUGAUAUUGCUGGAAUAUUGCUAAAAGCGGCGUAAAACCAUACUCACUCACUCACUCAAAGGGGUGGUAAAGGUGGUCGCGUGUCACACUAGCGUCCCGGGUUUGAUGACCCACAUGGGUACAAAGUGUGAAAGACUUUUAUGGUGCCCCCAGUCAUGAUGUAUCAGGAAUGUAAGCGGUAUUAAAAAAAGUCACAAGAGUUUUUUAGAAAGUAACAAAUUCUGGAUUGCUAGCACACCUGAUAACAAAUAUAUUAAAUAUUCUUUAAUUGCAAUCAGUUAACACACUCUUGUCAUCAACCUGUCGAAACGGGACUAACAUAAUGGGACUGACAAACCCAAGAAAUGUGUUUGUCUCUUGGAAAAUCGUUUUGUAUUUCAUUUGUUCUCAAAGUCGGCAAAACCGGUUUUCUCAAUCAUUGACAGGCAAACUUUCUUUCACGAAGAUAAAAUGAUUGAUCCUUAAGUGCUUCCUUAAGACCGAUGUUGACACUGCUAGAUCGUAACCAGAUUUGUACACAAAGACAUUCACUUCCAUCUUUCGUUUCAAAGAAUCAUAUGUCCUGUCUUGUGUUGAUGCUUUUGUCCCAUGUGUCCAUGAAAUAAUCAUUAUCCUGUGUUUCACCAUAUUGCAUAAUCCACAUGAUUUACAUGCUCCAUCCAUUGUGUUUACAAGUUCGUGCCAUUAGAAAGAUUUGCCAAUAUGAUCAAACCUCGCCAUCGCUGUCAAGGCCUCUCUUCACAUGUGAACAUUGAGCAAAUUGAGUUUUACCCUUGGUUGGAGAUUUUAUUGUAUAUCCUUGUCAUAUUUGAUCAAAUAACGGAGAUUGAGAAGUUGUGAAUGGUAUGUGGAGGUUGUCAAGGUUGAAUUAUCAAUCACCAAGGAUUAUUUAUGUUUCUGAAGAUGUUCUGGUUUGGUCCACACUCAUGAAGAGAGUCAGAUGUGGGUUACCCUCUAAGGUGGAAUGUUCGCACUAUAAAAUUCAAUAUUCAUCAUGUGCAAUAUGAAGAAAGGCAAAACAAUAUUCUUUCAUUUCGAGGCCUUGUUUUGUUUUUCAGAUUUGUGGCAUUAGUCUGCAAAGGCAUUUCUACCUUAAGUAUUUGAGACUUACCCCCAUCCCAUGUCUCUUGAUGUACUAUUUCCGACAUUAGUCAGCAACUGCUUAAACUGUGAGUUGUGUUUAGUGAUGAUGGACACAGAUGGUGGAAGCUGAUGGUGGACUGAUUCACGUUCACAUCAAUAAAAAUGCUUCAUUAGAUAUUAAGUUAACAUUAAGUUGAGAACAUUCUAUCCUCACUUUAAAACCAGUGGUUCAUUUCAGAAAGUGAUCAUAGCAACACAAGUAUCACAGCUGCUGUUUUAAGGUAGACUUAUGUCAGUCUUCUCUGUGAGGGCGCGGUAGGGUAGCCUUGUGGUUUUUCCUCGUCUGCUGAAGUUAUGGCUUCCCAUACAUGGGUACAAUAUGAAAAGCCCAUUUUUGGUGUUCCCCAGCCAUGAUAUUGCUAGAAUAUGGCUAAAAGUGGUGUAAAACCCAACUCACUCACUCACUUAUCUUUUGAGACUUUUGAGAAACGGCACCCUGGAAUCCCUCUUCAGGGAAGUAUCGUUACCUUAUGACUGACAUAAGUUUAUGUUCAAGUAUACAAGUUAGGACAUUCAUAACGCUACCAUCACAUAUGAAAGGUUAUAUUGGACAGUAUGUAGGUCUACUUUAGUACCAGGUCUCUGUGGUGUCAGGAUAACUUAUUCAGUAACUAUGUGUGUCCCUUCAGCUGUUCUCCAGCAGCCUGUUGCUCUGUUAACUAGCCUGGUCUAACACUGUAGCUCUCUGAGCUAGGUUGUUCCCAUCCAUGAGUGUUAUAGAAGUGUAAAGUGGGUCUUUGAGUCAUCCUUGAGCCUACCUUAGUUACCCUUAUUCCCAACACUGGGUGUUUGAGAUAGUUUGAAGUGCUACUGUGGAUCUCAAAAGCCAUAUAUCCAUCUUUAAUUCAUUGAGCUAGCCAACUGAUAACUAAGAACUGUGAGCUAGCUAUAGAUGAAGCCCAUGGUCUGCAGUUCAUGUUGACUGGGUUAGACUGAAUACAUCCUUAGGUCUCUGCACUAGUUUAAGUGCUAGUGUCGUAUCCGCACUAGUUUAAGUGUUGGUGUGGUCUCUGAGAUCACAUGUAGUACUGCAUGGGCCAUGUCUGUGGUGUCCUGCAGACACGCUGAGCCAGACUUGUGGAUCACUUGUACAUAAAGCAGCAGUGUUGGCCAUCAUGAAGUGGGUCAGGCUGUUACCAGGUCCUCUUUGUUGUAUGACAGUGUAGCUAGAAACUGUUUCAAAUAAACUGUGCUUUGUCAAAA